AGCAAGUGCCGGCGGAGGGGUUGGAUCCUUAUAGAAGCAGCAGCGGCGGAAGGGUAUCGUGCCAGGCGCAGAGAUGGCGAGAGCGUUUCUUGGUGCAGUGGCCUGCACAUUGAUCUUGGCUGCAAGUGCCAUGUACUCACCCAGCGACGAUGUCAUCGAGUUGACACUUAGCAACUUUAAUAAAGAAGUUAUCCAGAGUGACAGUUUAUGGCUGGUGGAGUUUUAUGCCCCCUGGUGUGGUCACUGCCAGAGAUUGACUCCAGACUGGAAGAAAGCAGCUACAGCAUUAAAGGGAGUGGUGAAAGUCGGAGCUGUCAAUGCUGAUCAGCAUCAGUCAUUGGGUGGUCAGUAUGGGGUGCGAGGCUUUCCAACAAUCAAAAUAUUCGGAGCGAAUAAGAACAAACCAGAUGAUUAUCAAGGAGGGAGGACGGCCGAUGCCAUUAUAGAUGCUGCAUUAAACUCACUUCGUUCCUUUGUUAAGGACAGGCUUGGAGGAAGGAGCGGUGGAUCUGAUUCAGGAAGGCAGAGCUACAGCGGCGGCAGUGGUGGGAGCAAAAAAGACGUUAUUGACCUGACCGACGACACAUUUGACAAGAAUGUACUGAACAGCGAUGAUGUGUGGCUUGUUGAGUUUUAUGCUCCCUGGUGUGGGCAUUGUAAAACUUUAGAGCCUGAAUGGGCAGCUGCUGCCACUGAGGUUAAGGAGAAGACCAAUGGAAAAGUAAAAUUGGCUGCUGUAGAUGCCACUGUCAGCCAGGUGUUGGCCAGUCGUUAUGGGAUAAGAGGUUUCCCCACAAUUAAGAUAUUCCAGAAAGGCGAAGAACCUGUGGAUUAUGAUGGCGGAAGGACCAAGCCUGACAUUGUCGCUCGUGCAGUGGAUCUGUUCUCAGAGAAUGCACCACCCCCUGAGAUUAAUGAGAUCCUGAAUGGAGAUAUAGUAAAGAAGACCUGCGAAGAGCACCAGUUGUGUAUUGUUGCUGUAUUGCCACAUAUUCUUGACACAGGUGCUGCUGGAAGAAAUUCUUACUUGGAAGUAAUGCUGAAGAUGGCCGACAAAUACAAAAAGAAAAUGUGGGGGUGGUUGUGGGCUGAAGCUGGCACUCAGAUGGAUCUGGAAACCUCACUGGGAAUUGGAGGCUUUGGGUACCCUGCCAUGGCUGCCAUCAAUGCAAGAAAAAUGAAAUUUGCACUUCUGAAAGGUUCCUUCAGCGAGCAGGGCAUUAACGAGUUCUUAAGGGAGCUCUCUUAUGGGCGUGGUUCUACAUCACCUGUGGGUGGAGGAGCAAUUCCUAAAAUCAAUACAGUGGAACCUUGGGAUGGAAAAGAUGGAGAGCUGCCAGCUGAGGAUGAUAUCGAUCUGAGUGACGUGGAGCUGGACGACAUCGGGAAAGACGAGUUGUGAGGACACGGCAGCUCCGUGUGUCCUGUUGUUUCAUCCCAAUGUUUGGAGGGAGUUUGUAACUGUCAGACACCAGCCCAUCUCUGGUUAUCGGCUGAAUACAGUGGUGCCCCCAUAUCUUCCUGUUUUUUCUUUUCUUUUUAAGAUGAAUUAACAAAUGUGCACUCAGAGAGAGAAGGGUUUUAUCAAGACCUACAGAGAGGCCUUCUCGGGAGAACACUGACAAAUUCUGUGAAUUGGUGUAACGGUGAAUCUCAUUGUAUUCUCUUUAGAUAUUGAGGGGAGCUGCCGUCAACCUUUUGGGGGUGGGUUAGGGUUGGGGGUGGGUUAGGGUUGGGGGUGCUGGAGAAUAAAGCUGUCGGAGUGUUUACUGUACUACCUUGUGGCCAUUGAGAAGUGCAUCGUGGCUGACACGGCAGUGAGUUUGUGUAUUUUUAUGUUUUGGGUAUUUUCAUUUGCAAAUUGAUCAGCCUGACUCAGUUUAUGAAUAAAAUAUUUUUUGACAUA